UCAGAUUUCAGAUUUGUGAUUUGUGAUUGUUGUUAUUUGUGACAAUUGUGAAAAUUUUAAUUCUAAAUUGUAUCCUUGAUUGAAUACUCAGAUUUCAUAUAUUUUUUUGUGAAUUCAAUGGCGUCAUUAAAACCCAGAAACUCUAGCGGAAAAAUCAUAGUUGAUAAACUAACUAAAGAACUAUUUCUCAGUAAUGUUAGAGUUUCAAGAGAAUCGACUGGUGAAAGCCAUUCAUUUGAUUUCAACAAAAAUCGGUGUAAAACACUUUCGAAAAAUGAACAUAUCAAGGAACAUUCUAAAGGCAUUCUGUAUUGGAUGUAUAGAGAAUGCAGGAUUCAAGACAACUGGGCCAUUAUAUUUGCUCAACGGCUAGCUAGAAAACAGAAAAUACCUUUAUUUGUCUGCUUCACAAUCAAAGAUGCCCAAGAGCAGUAUCCCACCAAGCGUCACUUCAAAUUUCUGCUGGAAGGUUUGAAGCUGAUCCAGAAGGAAUGCAAGGAAUUAAAUAUUGGCUUCUAUUUGUUGAAUAGCUCAGGAAAAGAUUUAGCAAAAUUGAUAGUACAGAAUGAGAUUGGAGGUGUAGUAUGUGAUUUCAGCCCACUUAGACACCCAAGGAAAUUACAAGAUUCUCUUCUGAAAGAAUUGCCAGAUUAUAUACCAGUAGUCCAGGUAGAUGCUCAUAACAUAGUGCCUGUAUGGAUUGCUUCUGACAAACAAGAGGGGAUGGCUAGACUAAUACGUCCUAAAAUAACAAAAAAUUUAGCAGAAUUCAUGACAGGGUUCCCAAUUAUAACAAAGCACCAAUAUUCAGGUGAAAUGGAAGUAGAGAAUGAAAUAAGUAAAUUUGAAGAUUCCUAUGAUCUUUACACCCCAAAGUGGGAUGUACCAGAAGUCAAAUGGGGUGAUGGUCCUGGAAUGGAAGCAGGUCAUUCUAUGUUACAUCACUUCAUUGUCAAAAAUCUGAGACAUUAUGGGGAAACUAGUAAUGAUCCAUCCAAGGAUAACACAUCCAAGUUGUCACCUUGGCUAAACUUUGGUCAAAUAUCUGCUCAGAGAUGUGCCUUGGAAGUCAAAAGUAUGGAUUCAGUGUACAAAGAACAGUGUGAUAAAUACUUGGAAGAGCUCAUAGUACGUAAGGAACUAACAGACAAUUACUGCUUUUAUAAUGAAUUUUAUGACAAUAUCAAAGGAGCUGCCAAUUGGGCACAAGAAACCCUGAAGAUACACAAGAAAGACAAACGAACAUGGGUCUACACGCGUGAACAACUCGCCCAGGCAAAGACUCACGACGAGAUGUGGAAUGCAGCCCAACUUCAGGCUCUAAACGAAGGCAAAAUUCACAAUUAUAUGCGCAUGUAUUGGUGCAAGAAAAUACUGGAAUGGACAGAGUCACCUGAGCAAGCUAUCGAGUAUGGAUUGUGGUUGAAUGACACAUACUGUUUGGAUGGAACCGACCCCAAUGGAUAUGUUGGAGUGAUGUGGUCAAUUUGUGGGGUUCACGACCAAGGUUGGAGAGAAAGGGAAAUCUUUGGGAAAAUUCGUUUCAUGGUCGAUUAUAGUUUGAGACGAAAGUACAACAUGGAUGCCUAUUGUGCAAGGUUUGGACGGAAGCUAUUGGGUGAUGCUAAGAAGACUCCAGCUCUUACUCCAAAAGAUCCCAAAAAGGAAAGUGCAAAUGACAGAAAAAAGAAGGCAGUUAAGCGUAAAGCUACAUAAUGUUGACAUCAUAUUUGUUUGUUUCUGAGAUUUUAUUUGAAAAACUAUCUACCUCAUAUACCAAUCCACAUUUUGUAGGUAUAUUUGUUGAAAGUGUGUGCUCAUAUUUUAUAAGUAUAUGUAUACAAAUAUAGUACCAAUAACCAAUAAAGUCACGUUACUUAUCCCGAUUGUCCAUACAAGAAAAGCAGGUGGAUAGGAAAUCACU